UUGAUCUUCCGUGAAGCGGGUGCUGUGGACUGCGUGUGGGAUUUGUUGCAGCCGGUAUGGAUGAAGCAGCCGAUGAUUUGAAACAAGCACUUCCAAAUGUAUGUGAUUCCCUCCAAGUUCAUGUAGAAGUACACCAGAAAUCAAAUAGCACUGCAAACAAUGAAGACGUAAGGUCUCAUGUCAUACAGUUACUGAAUAGACACUGCAUGGUGUUUGGUGAUUACACAUGGACAGAGUUUGAUGACAGCUUUUUACAGAGAAAUGUGAAUUCUGUUUCCAUUGUUGAUACAGAGUUAAAACUGAAAGACCGCCAGCCUAUAGAUCUCAACAAAUGCACCUUAUUCAUUCAUAUUUUUCAUUUAAAUGAAGAGGGACCGAGUGCAGAAAAUCUGGAAGACGAAAAUGAUGGUCUUGUAGCUGCAAGCAACUGGCUUCUACCUUCUGCUGAUUUUCAUGGACUCUGGGAAAGUUUAGUGUACGACAGUGAAAUAAAAUCUAAUCUUUUAGAUUAUGUUACAACAACGCUGCUGUUUUCAGACAAAAAUGUUGAUAGCAAUCUGAUUGCCUGGAACAGAGUGAUCCUAUUGCAUGGACCACCUGGAACUGGUAAAACUUCAUUAUGCAAAGCCUUAGCACAGAAGCUGACAGUCAGAUUAUCCUACAGGUAUCGAUAUGGGCAGCUCAUAGAAAUUAAUAGUCACAGUCUUUUCUCAAAGUGGUUUUCAGAAAGUGGCAAGCUAGUAACCAAGAUGUUUCAGAAGAUACAUGAACUUAUAGAUGACAAAGAAGUACUUGUAUUUGUGCUUAUUGAUGAAGUUGAAAGCCUCACUGCAGCUCGAAACGCUUCCAGAGCAGGCACCGAACCCUCAGAUGCUAUUCGCGUAGUAAAUGCUGUGUUGACACAAAUAGAUCAAAUAAAAAAGUAUCCUAAUGUAGUAAUUCUGACCACUUCAAAUAUUACUGAGAAAAUAGAUAUGGCUUUUGUUGAUAGAGCUGACAUCAAGCAAUACAUUGGACCUCCGUCAGCUGCUGCUAUAUUCAGAAUUUACCUAUCGUGUAUAGAAGAACUCAUGAAGUGCCAGAUCAUCUAUCCAAGACAACAGCUGUUAACUUUAAGAGAAUUAGAAAUGAUUGGAUAUCUGGAAAAUAAUGUAUCUACCCUUAGUAUCUUGUUAAAUGAUAUUGCCAGAAAAAGCGAAGGACUCAGUGGGAGAGUUUUAAGGAAACUUCCUUUCCUGGCACAUGCACUUUACUUACAAUCUCCUGUAGUUACCAUUGAAAAAUUCCUUCAGGCUCUUUUGCUUGCUGUGGAGAAACAAUUUGAAGAAAGAAAGAAGCUUUCAGAGUGUGCAUAGCACCAUCUAAGAUGCUCUGUGAUACAUUCUUAUUCAUUGUAUGUUGCAUUUUCACAGUAUCAAUUGAAACCAUAAAUGGCUUAACAUUUUGUUAAAAGGGAUAGUCUAGUAAAUAUUAAACUUUCAUGAUUCAGAUAGAGUAUGCCAUUUUAAGCAGCUUUCUAAUUUACUCCUAUUAUGAAUUUUUCUUCUUUCUCUUGGUAUCUAUCUUAAAAGGCAGGAAUGUAAGCUUAGGAGACGGCCCAUUUUUGGUUCAGUAUCUGGGUAGUGCUUGCUGAUUGGUGGCUACAUUUCUGAAUCAUGAAAGUUUAAUUUUGACUAGACUAUCCCUUUAAUUUGUGGCAGAGAUCAAAACUAUAUUUUUUUGUAGAAAUAUAUACAGAUGUAAAGUUACUUAUACCGGCACACAUGAUAAAAGCUGUACAUAAAAGGAGAACAUGACCUGCUUCUUAUGCUGUCCUAAUUACCGUAUAUCCUUUUUCAUGUGUGUGUCUUUUUUUUUUUUUUUUUUUUUGUUCUUUAAAUACCAUGGACACUAUGAAAUACAAAAGCUGUUAUUUGUUGUAAACAUAUUUACAGUUUAUAAUUGUAGUAAAGGAUGUUAAAGUUUUUUUUUGGGGGGCUCUGUUUUUUUCUGUUUUUUAUGGGGAUUUAAUGCAAAAUAUCAUUCUAAGAUAACAUACCAGUUGGCUAAGGCAUUCAAAGAAUUCCAAGAGGGUUAACAUUUGAAACAGAUGUUUGUCAGUUGUGGGGACGAUAAGAGAACCUCUGGAUGCAGGGUAAUAAGACUAAUUCCAUCUCUUGGUAGCGGAGUAUGACAUGCACAGAAACAUUUGGUAGGUUACAAUACAGACCUCAUUCUGACUAUUCAAUGGAUUAAAUCUCACAAUGUUUUAAACGUUAUAGAUCAUUGAGAUUAUAUAUGUCCACUUUUUUAAAUAUUUUUUUUCUUUUAAUAAAUAUAUAUUUUUAAAAAGAU